GCUGUCUCGCCAGCAGGAGAAAGCUCGCCCGUUCGAUCACCGACACCUGUAUCGCGACCGUCGUGUGCUGCUGCCGGAGUUCCCGCUUGUUGUAUAGCCACACCACGUGUGGUCCUUCGCUGCGAUCUGUCCGUUGCAGAUCAGUAAACAAUGCCGUCGAAACGGAAACGAGACAUCCUCGAGGGUUUCGACCCGAACAAAUCGGACCCGGAAGACGAGAACUUCAACCCUUCCGAGGAGCGUCCCCGGCGGAGCCACAAGAAGUCGCGUCCGUCCAGGCCGAAGCGUUCGAGAAAGCGAUCCAACCGGUACCGAGGGUCUGAUAUCGAUGACGACAGUGAAGAGCUUUCGGACAGCGAUCAGGAAGAUUCGUUUGGUGAGGAUGAAGAUGAGCAAGAAGAAGACGACGAUGAUGUGCCUUUGAAUGCGGCCGGCCGGAAAAGGAGGUUAGCCGCUGCCAGGCACCCGUCCUACAAAGAGAGCAGCGAUGACGAGGACGAGGAUGUGAUCAAAGACUCGGAUGGCGACGGAGAAGAGCCCGAAGAGGAAGCGGAGCAAAAGCCUGCGCCUCGACCUUCAAGAAUCGUGGUUCUGAAAACAAAGCCCCGCGCAGUACGGGCCGCUAGACGCGGGAAAGAAGAAGCCCCGCAGCCUUCUUAUCCGACUCGCCGGACUAGAGCUCGCACUGAGGAAGUUGAGGAGCCAUUCGUGGAGCUGUCAAAUUCGGGAAGGCACGCACAGCCGGCCCGCGCUACGCGGAGCAGAAGCCCCGAAGCGAUGGCUCGAGCGACUCGCUCCACCCGAGGAGCUAAGGGCCUCGCAAAACCGCCUGCGAUUGAAGAGGCGACCCAGGAAACGGACCCUAAAGAAGACCCCGGUCAACUUCCGGAUGACGCGGAUGAGCUCGCUCUCACUAAGCGUGAGGACGAACCGGAGAAUCCGCCUGAAGGGGAGGGCACCCACGGAGGUGAAGAAGCCGAGGACGCCGCGAUGGAGGACCAGCCAGAAGAGUCGGCCCAGACCGAAGCUGUACCGCCUGAAGAUGAAGACGAAGAUGACGAUGCGCCCAUCACUAGACGGACCAGAGCUGCAAGAGCAAAUGCUGCCGCGACGGCUGAACCCGAGGAGGCCGAGGCUGAGCCAGAAAACAGGAGAGGCGGCCGUCGGUUGACGCGCAAAUCGCGCCUCCGUAGCAGGAAAAGUCUCCAGGAGCCUAGCAGCGACUUUGAGCCUGGCGAGGAGUCUGGCGAGGACGAGGCCUCCGCAUCCGAAGGUUCCAAGAAUGACGACGGUGCCGAUGAUGCUGAAUCCACCCCGACGCGCCGUGGGCGUAGCUCGCGUGCCCGAAGCCGGAGAAGCCGUCGCAGCCGACAAGACUCCGGCGACGAAGAAGUCGAUCUGGACAAAGAUGAGAUCGCAGAGGAACUUCAAGAGCUUCGGGAAAGCUCUCGGUCACGGCCACGUCGCACCCGCCGCCGGUCUCCGUCCAUACAGUACGAGGAACGGACCACCAAAAGGCGAACAAAGCCUGUCAACUACAGCAUUCCUGCAAUUGACCCUGCCGCGCUAGAAGCCGAAGAGGACGAUGAUGAACCCGCUGCCACCCCGGCGAGAAAUCGUAGGGGCGGUAGGGGCGCGAGCAGCCAGGUCUGGGAGCGCACGCUCAACACCACCUACGGCCCAUUCGGCGGUGGCGGCGGCCCUGGGUCCCUUCUUGGUGGUCCCUGGGGCACGGGGGCGACCGGCGGCGUGGAUUCGGACAGCAGCGACGACGAGAUGGUACAACGGUCUGGUAUCGGCGGUACCGUCGGCAUGACGCCCACCACGGGGGCGCCGGCUGUCGGUCUGUUCAAUCCAGUCGGCCAGACCCACAAUGCCGACGGCACCGGGGGCAUCGGAGGGGCCACGCCGCAGGUCGGCAAGGCCAAAAAUCAGAAGGCGUUUGCUGAUGCCGAUCCGCUCGGUGUGGACAUGAGCGUUGACUUCAGCAAGGUCGGAGGCUUGCAAGGCCACAUCGACCAGCUGAAGGAAAUGGUUCAGCUUCCGCUUCUCUACCCGGAGCUGUUCCUCAAGUUUCACGUCACUCCUCCCCGAGGCGUCCUCUUCCAUGGUCCGCCCGGCACCGGUAAAACGCUGCUCGCCAGAGCCCUCGCAAAUUCAGUCGGAUCUGGCGGCCGCAAGAUUUCGUUCUACAUGCGGAAAGGAGCUGAUGCUCUCAGCAAGUGGGUUGGCGAAGCCGAGAAACAACUCCGCUUGCUGUUCGAGGAGGCACGGCGGACGCAGCCCAGCAUCAUCUUCUUCGACGAGAUUGAUGGCCUCGCACCUGUACGGUCGAGCAAACAGGAGCAGAUCCAUGCCAGCAUCGUCUCGACCCUGCUGGCGCUGAUGGAUGGCAUGGACAAUCGUGGCCAAGUCAUCGUCAUUGGUGCCACGAACCGUCCAGACAACAUUGACCCUGCGCUCCGUCGGCCCGGGAGGUUCGACAGAGAGUUCUAUUUCCCUCUGCCUGACUUGGAGGCGCGCCGGGCUAUCAUUGAUAUCCACACCAAAGACUGGGGCAUCUCGGACGAGUUCAAGAAUGCCCUUGCUGAGAACACCAAGGGAUAUGGUGGUGCCGAUUUGCGCGCCCUUUGCACGGAGGCCGCGCUGAACGCAAUCCAGAGAACAUACCCUCAGAUCUACACGUCAAAGGAGAAGCUUGUCGUGGACCCUGAUAAAAUUACUAUCCACGCGACCGACUUCAUGCUCUCGGUCAAGAAGAUGAUUCCCUCGUCGGAGCGGUCAACCUCGUCGUCGGCCAGCCCGCUGCCACGCGUUGUCGAGCCGCUGCUGAGGAACCAGUACAGGGCCAUCCUCAGGGUCCUGGACAACAUUUUCCCUCGCCCCAAGAAGACGACUGCGCUCGAGGAAGCCAUGUACGAGCCUUUCGAAGACGCGGACCAUGGCUUUGGCAGGGAGGCCAUGCACCAGGAAUUUGAGCGCUGCCGCAUCUUCCGGCCUCGUCUGCUCAUUGCUGGUGUCCCAGGGAUGGGCCAGAACUAUCUCGCAUCUGCUAUCCUGCACCACUUGGAAGGAGUGCAUGUCCAGACUUUGGACCUAGGCACCCUGCUCGGAGAUGGAAGGCCCAUGGAGCAGGUGAUCGUGAGCCGGUUUACUGAAGUGAAGCGGCACAAGCCGAGCGUCAUCUUCAUUCCUAAUGUCGACAUAUGGUGGAAUAGCAUCAGCGACACGGCCAUCACGACCUUCACCACCCUGCUGAGGAGCCUCCCGCCUACUGAUCCCGUUCUUCUUUUGGCAACAGCGGAGUGUACGCCUGAGUUGUUGGCACCCGAGAUUCUCAAGGAGCUGUUUGGCUUUUCGAAGAAGAACCGGGCCGUCGUUGAGCGCCCAGAACGGGAAAACCGGCUCGAGUUCUUUGAGAACAUCAUCAGCCAUCUUAGGAAGUCGCCAACCGAGUUUCCGGAUCCUGUGAAUCGCCAGAAGCGAGUGCUCGAGGAUCUCCCUGUCGCGCCGCCGCCUCCGCCCAGGACCUUGACCAAGGAAGAGAUCAAGGCCCAGCGCAAGACUGAUCUGCACCAUCUGAACCUUCUGAAGAUGCGUCUGCAGCCGAUCAUGGACCAGAUUCACCGCAAGUACCGGAAGUUCAGGCAACCCGUGAUUCCUUUUUCGCAGAUAGCCUAUCUGUUUGACGAGGCCGAUCCGCAUUACGUACGGCCGGAUCUCGAUGAGGACCAGAGCCGACCGUUUGAGAUCGCCAAGGACAAGGAAGGCACAGAGGGCAUCCGGGAGAAGGCCACAGGCAAAUUCUUCUACAAUCUGGAAACGACAACCAUCGAGGAGCGCCUGGCGAAUGGCUACUAUGCCCGGCCGAUCGAUUUCUACAAGGACAUCAACCGGCUGUAUCUCGAUGCGAAGAACAUUGGCGACCGCGACAGAACGCUCAAGGCAAAUGAGCUCCGCACCAACGUCGAGGUGGAUGUGCAUGAGAUCGCGCAGUCGCUCGCCGCCAACCCGGGCAUCAAGUUCGACGAGAUUUAUGAACGGCAGCUGCAAAGGGCCAGGGAGGCUGAAGAGAAAGCCCGCAAGCGAAUGGCUCUGCAGCCGGUGGUGGAUAUGAUCCAAUCCGACAUUCAGGGUGACGGAGAUAGUGACUCUCAGGGACCGGUUGGUGUUGGGCUUCCCCUGACACGGGAGACGCGGACGACGACUGCGGCCAGGUUCCAGCCCUUCAUGAGUCCUCCGUCUAAGGGGCACGGGGGCACCACGGACUCGCACCGGUUGACUAACGGCACGUCGGUGCUGUCUCGCCCAGAGGACGAAGACGUCCGGAUGAGCGGGGUGGACGACGAGACGCAACCUCAUUCAGAGCGUCGCCCAGACUUGGUCUCGCCGCUUCAGUGGCCUCAGUUGGGAGGUCGCCCACCCCUGGGCGACUCUGCCAGGGCGACCGCCGGCACACAACUAUCGCAACGCUCGGCGAUCACGUCGGUACCUCCGGGAGUCACUCCGUCUGCAAUGGUCAAUGAAGCGUCCACAACGAAAACGUCAGACGUGUCUCCGAACCGCGGCUCUGGCAACUGGAGCACGCAGCGCACCGACACGCAGCGCACUAACGGCGCGGCGCACAAUGCCGAGGAGACGUCGCAGCUUGUCGACACCCAGCAGCUCACUCAGGAGCAUGGACUCCCACAGAGCGGACAUUCCACGGUUUUGAGCCAGUCAAGCUCGAGCGGCAAAGAAUGGGCGCACUCCCAAGCGGCCGCGCUGGCGCAAGGCAUUUUGCAACCCCGGAUGGGUCCGGGCAUGACCAUGGGGCCGCCUCCACCCGUCGGUUCCGGCUCGGUCCGAAUUUCUGAAGAUAGCAGCCUCCCUGCGUCCUCCCAGCGCUCGCCGCGCAAGCCCUCUGCCACCAGCCUAGGCAACAUCCUCAACGAGGACGGCAGUAGCAAGCACACCUCGGCCAGCGGCAGCGGCCCCGGCGCGCACACCCCGGCGCCCAGUUCCGGCACGGGCAGAGGCGGCAAUAACAACAACAGCGGCCCCGGCCCCAGCCCGCUCCCAGGUUCCGUCCGCGCCGGCGCUGCGCACGCGCUGCGCCAGUCCGGCUCGACGGCGGCGUCCUCGCAGCAGGCCAUCAUCCACGAGGGCAGCGUGGACGAGUUCCUGCAGACGCUGGCGGACCGCACGUCCGGGUGCAGCGUCGAGCAGCUCGAGCAGAUCUACCGCGAGCUGAUGGACGAGAUCUGGAAGACGCGCCACGAGUGGAACCGCAUGACCGUGCUCAACACGCUCAUCUCGGUCUUCAACGACACCAUCGGCGACAUCGAGCUCGUGCAGGGCGCGCUGGUGGAUGGUCAGAAACGCAAGGGAGACGGCGCCGGCGGCGGUGAGGGAGCCGAUGGUGCCGGUGGGGAGGUUCUGGAGAGCGUGGAGGGGGUCGGUGGUGGCGGACCGGCCGUGGGUGGUAGUCAGAGCCAGGGGAAUGCGGCUAAGGAGCCGUGGGUUUAUAUGAGGUGAUUUCUGUGGGAGUGGGUGUGGUUGUGGUGGCACUUUCCUGUCUGUUGUUUACGGGUUGUGGGAUGGUUGAGCGGAUUGAUGAUGGAUAGGGUG